GCCUAAAUAACAGGAAGUUUCAGUUCUGAAAAAUCUUAAACAGAAGUUUACAUAUAUACGGCUGUUGCCAAAAGAUGAAGAAAUAAAAAACGUGUCGGAAGUAUGAAGUUCUACAGUGGCCUGUUUAAAAUAGUGGACAUUAUAACUUCCUGUUUGGACUGAGGGGGCGGAAAAGCAGUCAUUAGUUUUGGUGAUGGAGUGAAGCGAUGCGAUUAUUGAAGCGAUGAGUUUCGCAACGCCCGUUCCGUUCAGCCAAAUAAAGAAGAGGCGGAACCGAAACAUUUAACUCUGGUGACAGCAGUCCAGCUCCACCUUGAGCAAGAGCUCACACCUUUUACACCUCUCACAUCAGUGUUCGAUGCGGUUUGAAAAGGACGUGACAGGUUAAAGAGCUUCAUCAUUGAGGAAAGUCGCUGGUAAACUUAUCUGAACAUGAUAUGAAGAUCGCUGCUCAGGAGUAUUACGAUUAGUGACUUAAGAUGGGAUGUCUUUCUGUCAAAACUUUAUGUAAGGGCAUAGCGAUUCUGUUCUUUGUCAAUCUUCAGGGUUUGAAUGCACAGGACAAUGGUACAGCCUUCCCUGUAACUACAAGCAGUUCUUCAACUCAAACAUCUCCUCAAACACCUGUCACAACACCCCCUGCCUCUACAAGCUCUUCUGUAACUGAGUCUCAAACAUCAGCUCAUUCAACCUUCCCUGUAACUACAAGCAGUUCUUCAACUCAAACAUCUCCUCAAACAUCUGUCACAACACCCCCUGCCUCUACAAGCUCUUCUGCAACUGAGUCUCAAACAUCAACUGAUUCAACACCCCCUGCCUCUACAAGCUCUUCUGCAACUGAGUCUCAAACAUCAGCUCAUUCAACCUUCCCUGUAACUACAAGCAGUUCUUCAACUCAAACAUCUCCUCAAACAUCUGUCACAACACCCCCUGCCUCUACAAGCUCUUCUGCAACUGAGUCUCAAACAUCAGCUCAUUCAACCUUCCCUGUAACUACAAGCAGUUCUUCAACUCAAACAUCUCCUCAAACAUCUGUCACAACACCCCCUGCCUCUACAAGCUCUUCUGCAACUGAGUCUCAAACAUCAACUGAUUCAACACCCCCUGCCUCUACAAGCUCUUCUGCAACUGAGUCUCAAACAUCAGCUCAUUCAACACCCCCUGCCUCUACAAGCUCUUCUGCAACUGAGUCUCAAACAUCAGCUCAUUCAACCUUCCCUGUAACUACAAGCAGUUCUUCAACUCAAACAUCUCCUCAAACAUCUGUCACAACACCCCCUGCCUCUACAAGCUCUUCUGCAACUGAGUCUCAAACAUCAACUGAUUCAACACCCCCUGCCUCUACAAGCUCUUCUGCAACUGAGUCUCAAACAUCAGCUCAUUCAACUCCCCCUGCCUCUACAAGCUCUUCUGCAACUGAGUCUCAAACAUCAGCUCAUUCAACACCCCCUGCCUAUACAAGCUCUUCUGCAACUGAGUCUCAAACAUCAGCUCAUUCAACCUUCCCUGUAACUACAAGCAGUUCUUCAACUCAAACAUCUCCUCAAACAUCUGUCACAACACCCCCUGCCUCUACAAGCUCUUCUGCAACUGAGUCUCAAACAUCAGCUCAUUCAACACCCCCUGCCUCUACAAGCUCUUCUGCAACUGAGUCUCAAACAUCAGCUCAUUCAACACCCCCUGCCUCUACAAGCUCUUCUGCAACUGAGUCUCAAACAUCAGCUCAUUCAACACCCCCUGCCUAUACAAGCUCUUCUGCAACUGAGUCUCAAACAUCAGCUCAUUCAACCUUCCCUGUAACUACAAGCAGUUCUUCAACUCAAACAUCUCCUCAAACAUCUGUCACAACACCCCCUGCCUCUACAAGCUCUUCUACAUCAGCUCAUUCAACCUUCCUUGUAACUACAAGCAGUUCUUCAACUCAAACAUCUCCUCAAACACCUGUCACAAAGCCAAACGUGACUGGGAAUCUCACAGUGUCUGAAGUCACAACAUCAUCUGUGUUUCUGUCAUGGAAUGAACCGAUUGGAAAUAGAUCUUUCUUUAAAGUUAAAUGGACUAACAAAACACAGGAAACUAGUAACACUUCCCAUAACAUCACUGAUCUGACUGCUGGAGUCAAUUACACAUUCUGCAUCACUGCUGUGGCAGCAGAUAAUUCAACAGAAGGCAACGCUACCUGCAUCUCACAAUAUACAAAGCCUGAUGUCAUAAUGAACCUCACAGCUGAUGAUAUUACAACAUCCUCUGUUUUACUAAACUGGACUAAACCAAACGGUGAAAGCUCCCAUUAUCAUGUAGAAUAUGAGGACAAGAAUGUGACUACUGAGAACACUUCUAUCAAAAUAAAUGAUCUCAUUUCUGGAGCACAGUACACAUUCAAAGUGUUUGCAGUUUCAGCUGAUCAUGUGACCGAGGGGAGAUCCAUUCAGAUUUCACUGUACACCAAGCCAAACGUGAUUGGGAAUCUCACAGUGUCUGAAGUCACAACAUCAUCUGUGUUUCUGUCAUGGAAUGAACCGAUUGGAAAUAGAUCUUUCUUUAAAGUUAAAUGGACUAACAAAACAAAGGAAACUAGUAACACUUCCCAUAACAUCACUGAUCUGACUGCUGGAUUCAAUUACACAUUCUGCAUCACUGCUGUGGCAGCAGAUAAUUCAACAGAAGGCGGCGCUAUCUGCAUCUCACAAUAUACAAAGCCAAAUGUGAUUGGGAAUCUCACAGUGUCUGAAGUCACAACAUUAUCUGUGUUUCUGUCAUGGAAUGAACCGACUGGAAAUAGAUCUUUCUUUAAAGUUAAAUGGACUAACAAAACAAAGGAAACUAGUAACACUUCCCAUAACAUCACUGAUCUGACUGCUGGAGUCAAUUACACAUUCUGCAUCACUGCUGUGGCAGCAGAUAAUUCAACAGAAGGCGACGCUAUCUGCAUCUCACAAUAUACAAAGCCUGAUGUCAUAAUGAACCUCACAGCUGAUGAUAUUACAACAUCCUCUGUUUUACUAAACUGGACUAAACCAAACGGUGAAAGCUCCCGUUAUUGUGUGGAAUAUGAAGACAAGAAUGUGACUACUGAGAACACUUCUAUCAAAAUAAAUUAUCUAGUUUCUGGAGCACAGUACACAUUGAAAGUGUUUGCAAUUUCAGCUGAUCAUGUGACCGAGGGGAGAUCCAUUCAGAUUUCACUGUACACCAAGCCAAACGUGACUGGGAAUCUCACAGUGUCUGAAGUCACAACAUCAUCUGUGUUUCUGUCAUGGAAUGAACCGAUUGGAAAUAGAUCUUUCUUUAAAGUUAAAUGGACUAACAAAACAAAGGAAACUAGUAACACUUCCCAUAACAUCACUGAUCUGACUGCUGGAGUCAAUUACACAUUCUGCAUCACUGCUGUGGCAGCAGAUAAUUCAACAGAAGGCGAUGCUAUCUGCAUCUCACAAUAUACAAAGCCUGAUGUCAUAAUGAACCUCACAGCUGAUGAUAUUACAACAUCCUCUGUUUUACUAAACUGGACUAAACCAAACGGUGAAAGCUCCCGUUAUUGUGUGGAAUAUGAAGACAAGAAUGUGACUACUGAGAACACUUCUAUCAAAAUAAAUUAUCUAGUUUCUGGAGCACAGUACACAUUCAAAGUGUUUGCAAUUUCAGCUGAUCAUGUGACCGAGGGGAGAUCCAUUCAGAUUUCACUGUACACCAAGCCAAACGUGACUGGGAAUCUCACAGUGUCUGAAGUCACAACAUUAUCUGUGUUUCUGUCAUGGAAUGAACCGACUGGAAAUAGAUCUUUCUUUAAAGUUAAAUGGACUGACAAAACAAAGGAAACUAGUAACACUUCCCAUAACAUCACUGAUCUGACUGCUGGAGUCAGUUACACAUUCUGCAUCACUGCUGUGGCAGCAGAUAAUUCAACAGAAGGCGAUGCUAUCUGCAUCUCACAAUAUACAAAGCCAAAUGUGAUUCAAAAUCUCAGAGUGUCUGAAUUCACAACAUUAUCUGUGUUUCUGUCAUGGCAUGAACCGAUUGGAAAUAGAUCUUUCUUUAAAGUUAAAUGGACUAACAAAACAAAGGAAACUAGUAACACUUCCCAUAACAUCACUGAUCUGACUGCUGGAGUCAGUUACACAUUCUGCAUCACUGCUGUGGCAGCAGAUAAUUCAACAGAGGGCGACGCUAUCUGCAUCUCACAAUAUACAAAGCCUGAUGUCAUAAUGAACCUCACAGCUGAUGAUAUUACAACAUCCUCUGUUUUACUAAACUGGACUAAACCAAACGGUGAAAGCUCCCAUUAUCAUGUAGAAUAUGAGGACAAGAAUGUGACUACUGAGAACACUUCUAUCAAAAUAAAUGAUCUCAUUUCUGGAGCACAGUACACAUUCAAAGUGUUUGCAGUUUCAGCUGAUCAUGUGACCGAGGGGAGAUCCAUUCAGAUUUCACUGUACACCAAGCCAAACGUGACUGGGAAUCUCACAGUGUCUGAAGUCACAACAUCAUCUGUGUUUCUGUCAUGGAAUGAACCGAUUGGAAAUAGAUCUUUCUUUAAAGUUAAAUGGACUAACAAAACAAAGGAAACUAGUAACACUUCCCAUCACAUCACUGAUCUGACUGCUGGAGUCAAUUACACAUUCUGCAUCACUGCUGUGGCAGCAGAUAAUUCAACAGAAGGCGACGCUAUCUGCAUCUCACAAUAUACAAAGCCUGAUGUCAUAAUGAACCUCACAGCUGAUGAUAUUACAACAUCCUCUGUUUUACUAAACUGGACUAAACCAAACGGUCAAAGCUCCCGUUAUCGUGUAGAAUAUGAAGACAAGAAUGUGACUACUGAGAGCACUUCUAUCAAAAUAAAUGAUCUCAUUUCUGGAGCACAGUACACAUUCAAAGUGUUUGCAGUUUCAGCUGAUCAUGUGACCGAGGGGAGAUCCAUUCAGAUUUCACUGUACACCAAGCCAAACGUGACUGGAAAUCUCAUAGUGUCUGAAGUCACAACAUUAUCUGUGUUUCUGUCAUGGAAUGAACCGAUUGGAAAUAGAUCUUUCUUUAAAGUUAAAUGGACUGACAAAACAAAGGAAACUAGUAACACUUCCCUUAACAUCACUGAUCUGACUGCUGGAGUCAGUUACACAUUCUGCAUCACUGCUGUGGCAGCAGAUAAUUCAACAGAAGGCGACGCUAUUUGCAUCUCACAAUAUACAAAGCCUGAUGUCAUAAUGAACCUCACAGCUGAUGAUAUUACAACAUCCUCUAUUUUACUAAACUGGACUAAACCAAACGGUCAAAGCUCCCGUUAUCGUGUAGAAUAUGACGACAAGAAUGUGACUACUGAGAACACUUCUAUCAAAAUAAAUGAUCUCAUUUCUGGAGCACAGUACACAUUCAAAGUGUUUGCAGUUUCAGCUGAUCAUGUGACCGAGGGAAGAUCCAUUCAGAUUUCACUGUACACCAAGCCAAAUGUGAUUGGGAAUCUCACAGUGUCUGAAGUCACAACAUUAUCUGUGUUUCUGUCAUGGAAUGAACCGACUGGAAAUAGAUCUUUCUUUAAAGUUAAAUGGACUAACAAAACAAAGGAAACUAGUAACACUUCCCACAACAUCACUGAUCUGACUGCUGGAGUCAAUUACACAUUCUGCAUCACUGCUGUGGCAGCAGAUAAUUCAACAGAAGGCGGCGCUAUCUGCAUCUCACAAUAUACAAAGCCUGAUGUCAUAAUGAACCUCACAGCUGAUGAUAUUACAGCAUCCUCUGUUUUACUAAACUGGACUAAACCAAACGGUGAAAGCUCCCGUUUUCGUGUAGAAUAUGAAGACAAGAAUGUGACUACUGAGAGCACUUCUAUCAAAAUAAAUUAUCUCAUUUCUGGAGCACAGUACACAUUCAAAGUGUUUGCAAUUUCAGCUGAUCAUGUGACCGAGGGGAGAUCCAUUCAGAUUUCACUGUACACCAAGCCAAAUGUGAUUAGAAAUCUCAUAGUGUCUGAAGUCACAACAUCAUCUGUGUUUCUGUCAUGGAAUGAACCGAUUGGAAAUAGAUCUUUCUUUAAAGUUAAAUGGACUAACAAAACAAAGGAAACUAGUAACACUUCCCAUAACAUCACUGAUCUGACUGCUGGAGUCAGUUACACAUUCUGCAUCACUGCUGUGGCAGCAGAUAAUUCAACAGAAGGCGGCGCUAUCUGCAUCUCACAAUAUACAAAGCCUGAUGUCAUAAUGAACCUCACAGCUGAUGAUAUUACAACAUCCUCUGUUUUACUAAACUGGACUAAACCAAACGGUCAAAGCUCCCGUUAUCGUGUAGAAUAUGAAGACAAGAAUGUGACUACUGAGAACACUUCUGUCAAAAUGAAUUAUCUAGUUUCUGGAGCACAGUACACAUUCAAAGUGUUUGCAGUUUCAGCUGAUCAUGUGACCGAGGGGAGAUCCAAUCAGAUUUCACUGUACACCAAGCCAAACGUGAUUGGGAAUCUCACAGUGUCUGAAGUAACAACAUUAUCUGUGUUUCUGUCAUGGAAAGAACCAAUUGGAAAUAGAUCUUUCUUUAAAGUUAAAUGGACUGACAAAACAAAGGAAACUAGUAACACUUCCCAUAACAUCACUGAUCUGACUGCUGGAGUCAAUUACACAUUCUGCAUCACUGCUGUGGCAGCAGAUAAUUCAACAGAAGGCGACGCUAUCUGCAUCUCACAAUAUACAAAGCCAAGCGUGACUGGGAAUCUUACAGUGUCUGAAGUCACAACAUUAUCUGUGUUUCUGUCAUGGAAUGAACCGAUUGGAAAUAGAUCUUUCUUUAAAGUUAAAUGGACUAACAAAACAAAGGAAACUAGUAACACUUCCCAUAACAUCACUGAUCUGACUGCUGGAGUCAGUUACACAUUCUGCAUCACUGCUGUGGCAGCAGAUAAUUCAACAGAGGGCGACGCUACCUGCAUCUCACAAUAUACAAAGCCUGAUGUCAUAAUGAACCUCACAGCUGAUGAUAUUACAACAUCCUCUGUUUUACUAAACUGGACUAAACCAAACGGUGAAAGCUCCCGUUAUUGUGUGGAAUAUGAAGACAAGAAUGUGACUACUGAGAACACUUCUAUCAAAAUAAAUUAUCUAGUUUCUGGAGCACAGUACACAUUCAAAGUGUUUGCAAUUUCAGCUGAUCAUGUGACCGAGGGGAGAUCCAUUCAGAUUUCACUGUACACCAAGCCAAACGUGACUGGGAAUCUCACAGUGUCUGAAGUCACAACAUCAUCUGUGUUUCUGUCAUGGAAUGAACCGAUUGGAAAUAGAUCUUUCUUUAAAGUUAAAUGGACUAACAAAACAAAGGAAACUAGUAACACUUCCCAUCACAUCACUGAUCUGACUGCUGGAGUCAAUUACACAUUCUGCAUCACUGCUGUGGCAGCAGAUAAUUCAACAGAAGGCGACGCUAUCUGCAUCUCACAAUAUACAAAAUCCUCUGGGAACAACACUGGGCCCAAUAUUUGGCUGAUUGUUGGCAUAGUUGUGGCUGUGAUCUGUUUUCUCUUCAUCAUCUCUCUUAUUUUCAUCUAUUCAAGAAGUCAAAAAAAGAAACAAUGCCCCGACUUCCCUUUACACAUUAUUAGUAAGAUUGCUUCGAGAAUAGAAGAUUAUGAAGAUUACUUUAUUAGGAAUCAUGCAGAUUCCAACUGUGGUUUUGCUAAAGAGUAUGAGGAAUUGAAAUCUGUUGGAACGGCACAGCCAAGGAAAGAUGCCCUGGCUUUUGAAAACAAGACGAAGAAUCGUUACACUAAUGUGUUACCAUAUGAUGCUUCAAGAGUGAAGUUAUCAAUGUGUGGCAACCCCUUUGAUGACUACAUCAAUGCCAGCUAUAUCCCAGGCUACAAGUCAAGAGAAGAGUUUAUAGCUGCUCAGGGUCCAUUGUCCAUCACAGUAAAUGAAUUCUGGAGAAUGAUCUGGGAGAAAAACAUCUACACCAUAGUGAUGCUGACCAAAUGCAACGAGCAGGGAGAAGUUAAAUGUGAGAAGUACUGGCCAUCUGGGACUAAUCAUUAUCAUAAUAUCUCAGUGACGACCACUUCAGAGAUAACACUGGAGAGCUGGACCAUAAGAGACUUCGGAAUCAAAAAUGAGAAGACAGAAGAAACUCGUAAUAUACGCCAGUUCCACUUCACAGCGUGGCCGGAUAAUGGAGUUCCACAGACCACUGAAGUCCUCAUUGAUUUCAGGCAGCUGGUGAGAAAACACAUGGACCAGUACUCACGCCACUCUCCAACUGUGGUGCAUUGCAGUGCUGGUGUAGGAAGAACAGGGGCCUUCAUUGCCAUUGACCACCUGAUCUUCCAGAUUGAAAGAGACAGUAUGGUGGACGUCUAUGGAAUUGUUACUGACAUGCACAUGCACAGACCUCUCAUGGUGCAGACUGAGGAGCAGUAUGUUUACCUCCACCAGUGUGCGUAUGACAUAAUUCGAUCAAGAACUGGAACCAAAGUGGACUUAAUAUACCAGAACACAGCAGCACCCCCGAUCUAUGAGAAUCCAGAUAAUCUUAAACAGUAAAUGUAGAUGGUCUCAAAAUGGCCCUCAUCAAACUAGCAAAGAAAUUUAAGUUUAUAUAAAGCGCAUUUUAAACUUGAUUUUAAAAUAAUGAAAUGCACUCUUUACACAUAGUUGGAUGUAAUUUGUUUCUUGCACAAUAUUCAAAACAUUUGUUAAGUAAUAUUUACAUUUUAAUAUUUUUUUUAUUAUUAUUAUUUCAUUGUAUUACUUUUCUAAAUGUUAUAUUUGUAUAAUUUGACAUGAUAUGUUAACUUCAACACUUUUAGGUUAUUUAAAAGAAUAUACAUUAUAUAUACAGUUAUAUAUACAAUUUUAUUAUUAUUUUAAAAGUUCAGCCUUGUGAUAGAUGUGAGGUUUGUAAUUUAUAUACACUAACAUAUAGGUACACUAACUUUUGGUCCUCUAGUGGUUAAAAAACAAAACUGCAUGCAUUUUCCUAAAAAACAUUGUUUUGGUUGUUUUUCGGCUCUGUAACGGUGUGGAAUAAUAUGGUUAUCCUACUGCUCAUAAAACAUUCACUACUAGGCUUACUAGCUGAAGAUGUUACUAUAGCUAUGCCCAUUAAUAGACACGGUACUUAAGAAUAUUCCAGCACAGCGCAACAUAAACCAUUUGAACCAAAAUAGCCCUUCACAAAAGUAUCACAAUGGCAAAUUAUCUGUUCAAUAAAAUACCUUAUUCUUAGUAAUAAAAACUCCAUCUCUGCGUUGCGUUUACAUUUCAAAUCCCUCAGUUCUUGCCAUCUCAGAAAAACCAAGCUAAUGUUGAUUCUCGUUUUAUUACGAGUUCGGUCGCGUUCUCUCUGCCCGCAGACUCUCCUCUGUUCAGCGUUUGUUUAAAACAAGUGAUUCCCCGGAGGCUGGAGAUGUAUCAUGCGCCAUGUCAACCUUUCUUGCUCAUUGUGACAACUAACCUCUGCCACUCCCACACCCAUACAUGCGUCAAAGUAGCCAGAGCAACUUUUCCCUAUUUACAGUAUGGCGAGACAUGACGUAUGUAUGCAAUUUCCCGUGAAAACCAUCCCUCUAGGCCUAAAAUAUAAUUAGGGUUGGGAACUGAGAACUGGUUCUUAUCCAGAACCAGUAGUGUUUUUUGAAAAGUACCGGAACCGUACAAAAUUUCUACGUUUCAGUUCCAAAAACAGUUCUGGUGUGAUGGGUGGGAUAAGUGCGGGGAGUGUAUCCUUUAAUAGAGGCGUCUCACCUCAUGAAUAUUAUAGCAAUGAAUGCACUGAAAAGCCUUUGCAGAGUCGCUGUACUCAUAAAUGUCAGAUAUCAAUGCAGAGAGAGAGAGAUGCACAAAACUGCAUGAUCUUUAAAAGAUCGCAUACUCGAUUUCAUCACCCACAUGAUCUAAUUCCUAAAUGACAACGAUUCGCCUGUGUAUUUUAAACCUUUGACAAAAAUAAAAUCACGACAUUCAAAUCUGAGUUGGUGCUGCCGCUGAUCUUGAGAGAGCAGUUUUCAUGUUUAGAUAUAAACAGCUUCACAAACAAUCUUUUCAAAGUAUCACAGUAUCAUUAUUUAUGUGUUACAAAUAUUCCAAUUAUCACAGAAGUAGGGUGAAUUCAACUUGAUUUGGACACAUUUUUUCAAGUCAUUUCAAUAGCAAAUCACCCUGAAUCCACCCGAUACAAAAGUUUAUUAUACAGAUAUAAAUGCUGAUGUCUACAGUUACCUAUCAAAAUAGAAUAAAUCACCUUUUGAAAGUAACUGGUUGUAUGGCUACGCCACUAGGUGGCAACAAAUUACUGUUAAAACUGUAUCUAUCACUGAAUCAUUAUUUCAGAAACAAGUGAAGUCUUUAUGAAUCCAACUUACAAAAAUAUAUUGUUUCACCUGUCUGGAUCUUACAUGUGUGUUCAAGCAUCUUAUUUGUGUUGAAUUUGUGGUAACACUUUACAAUAAGGUCCAUUUGUUAUGAACUAACCAUGAGCAAUACAUUUGUUACUGUAUUUGUUAAUCUUUGUUAACCUUAGUUAAUAAAAAUGCAGCUGUUUUUUUGGUCAUGUUACUUCACAGUGCAUUAACUAUUGUUAACAAAUAGAACUCUUGAUUUUAAUAAUGUAUGAGUAAAUGUUGAAAUUAAGAUAAUAAAUCCUGUAGAAAUGCAGUUCAUUAUUAGUUCAUGUUAAUAUAGUUAUCUAAUGUUAACUAAUGAACCUUAUUGUAAAGUGUUACCAAAUUUGUUGAAAUUAGCAGUCUGUUACACUAAUUUUACAAGUAUAAUAAACACAAAAAGAACUGUU